UAAAGGAGACGGGGUUGUAAAGUGAUGUAAAACUCCUCUUCGUCUUUUCAGAAUAGAAAUCGCAAUCCCCCUUGUGAACCCUUAUUUUUUGUUUUGAAUAAUUAUGAAACUUGCCAAAUCGAUUCCACCAAAGAUCGCGUGAAAACUGAAAGACUCUCGAGAAGUUAUUCGAGAUAGAAAAUUUAGAAGAAAAGAAAAAAAAAAAAAGAAGAGAAAAAUAACUGUGGCAAAAUAACUCUACGGAUGUUGUGCUUGGACAUAAAGCUGGUCUCUCGUUUGCGAGGCGUCUCGUUGACGAGUGGCUCAUCCACAAAUGUGCCACCGGUACCCCGGUUGUCGUCGACCUCGACCUCAUCGACGACUGCCAGUGGAGAAAAGUGCAAACGAAGCAAAGGAAGAAGAGAGAGUUCCGCUGGGAACGGGAACUCGGUGACGGAAAGCGACAGCGACGAAGAAACGUUGCCGGCUGCGCAAAUGAUCCAUCGGAACAGAUCUAGAUCAGUUUGCGUGUCCGCCCUGUCCGCUGUUCACUCGAGACACCUUCAUCGACGGGCAAGCCAUCAUGUAUCCACCACAGAUGCUAUUUCCAGGCGAGGUGUUCUCUCCAGACGAUAUUACGGCAGCGUGGAAAUGCUGCCGCAAAUCGAGCAAGACGGGUCCGACAAUGGAAGAAGAUUUCGAGUGGAGAACGGUGAUUCUCCGGGCGAGAAAGAAGAAAUGUUCGGAUCGCCGAGUACACCGAUAUUGGAAAAUCCAGAGUAUCAAACGCGCUGGUACUUCAAGUACUUUCUCGGAAAAUUGCAUCAAAAUUACGUUGCUGCGGAUCAAGAAAGAAAUCCCUUGUUUCUGUCGGUUGUGACAAGCGAAGUCAGUGAGCAAAGUGUACCACACUACAGAGUGAUUUUAUGGAGAAAAACCGGUGCGCAGAAGAUAUCGCUGCCGUAUUCCGCCAACAAAACGAUGACCAUCAGGCAUAUCUUAAGCAACUUCUUUGGACUGGAGAAACUCGAUAAGGCUCCGCGCGAAAUUUUUUCUCCUGAAAUUCAAAAGGACCUGCUGUUGCUAGAAGAACAAGAAGGUUCUGUCAAUUUCAAGUUUGGCGUGAUAUACGCGAAGAAAGGGCAAACAACUGACGACGAAAUGCUAUCCAAUGAGAAGGGCAGUCCAAGUUUCGACAAGUUCCUCGAAAUUCUGGGCGAAAGGAUAGGAUUGAAGAACUGGGACAAGUAUCGAGGUGGCUUAGACGUAAAAGGUGAUAUGACAGGGAAAGAAAGUUAUUACACCGUGUACGCGGGACACGAGGUGAUGUAUCACGUGAGCACAAUGCUUCCCUAUUCAAAGGACAACCCGCAACAACUGGAGAGGAAGCGACACAUCGGUAACGAUAUCGUUAACAUCGUUUACACUGACGACCCUGACGCCAUUGACACUUUCAACCCGAAUUGCAUUAGAAGUCAAUUUACUCAUGUAUUUGCCGUGGUGUCGGCCGAAAGAGACGGCAAAGGAUGGCGCGUGGCCAUCUACUGCGACGAAAAUGUUCCUCUGUUUGGCCCAAGCCUUCCGUGUCCACCGGUGUUCGAAGACCCGUACACCCUGCGAGAAUUUCUGCUCGUCAAGUUAAUAAACGGCGAGAAGGCCACAUUCAACACGCCGACGUUCGCCCAGAAGAGGGAGAGAACCCUUGACGCUCUUCUCCGGGACAUGUAUCAAGAACACUCGCAGGAGAGUAAGAGCAACAAAGGAAAACCGAUCGAAUUUUCGCAGAGUAUGUUAAACCGACGAGCAUUGUCGGAUGUCGUGGAGGCUCCAGGUCGACGUCGCGAGGAGACACGUGCUGUGGAGAUGGUGCGUGUCGGCCAGGCCCUCAAACUGGAGGCGAUCGUCAGAGGUUUGGCACCAACCUCCUUAGCCACUGCUGGCCCUUUGAAGCCCAGACCAUGGGAGCCGAGGUGUAUCUAUCCGGAUUUCUCUCACGAGGUCGUCUGUGGGGAUGUUUGGCUGGAUAACAAGCUGAUCCUGGCUACCGAGAAUGGAACUUUUCUGAUCGAAGACAGCCUAUCGCACAGAUUAAUCUUCGACGAGUCCGUGCAGAUCAAACAGUUGGACGUAGUCGAACAACACGGGAUAUUGUUGUUUCGAGCCGGUGACAAAGGGAAAGAAAGCAACGUCUAUGUUUUUCGUCUAAGAGAAUUCGAAAAUAACACGACGAACAGGUCUGCCGAGGUUCUAAACGAUCGCGAAGACGAUCAGGAAUACGAAGAUAAUGCCGACGAGGAUGACGUGGAUGACGAAGCUGACGAGAGCGAAGAGACCGAUUACGACAAUUUCACGCGGGCCACUACGAAAUUCAAACCCGUGAUUCGUCGUGCUCACGUUCGUGUUCGUCCUCUGGCCGUCAGGGGACGAGCGCACAUAAAGGAAAGAAGGCUACCUAGAACUCGGGGCUGUCACUUGUACACCAUUACUAUGCCCGGUGGUUCCCAUUUGCGUAUGUGCGUAGCGGUUGGACGACGUUUAACAGUUCUCCAAUGGAAACACAGUGCCGCAUGGACUGCUUGGUGUUCCGCAGCAGACACAGACACCGUCGAAGGAUUUCUGCAUCUGAAAGAGUUCAAUGUUAGUGAGACUCCGUCUUUAGUAACGAUAAUCGAAAAUACAGACUUGAACAAUGAAUGGACGCUUUGCUGCGGCGUCCGACAUCAUUUUGAGCUAAUCUCAGCUUCGGGAAGCACCAGAAUUCUUCAUGUCGAGGGAACGACAAAACCACAUCUGGUGGCUGCUCUGGACCUUUGCGAAGAUGAAGAACCCGAAUUAUUACUCUGCUACAACAAUACGUGUCACUUUCAAAAGCUUCUAGAAGAAAAUACCGUACCAACGGAAUUUGAUUUCAACUGGAACUCUGUUCCUGCAGCAAUAGCCUGUGCCUUUCCCUACGUAAUCGCAUUUACCAACGACACUAUGGAGAUACGAUUGAUAAUCAAUGGAAAUCUAGUGCACACGAUCGCCAUGCCGAAUCUGAAUUUAAUUACUUCGAAGCAAGACAUCUUCUUCUCCACGACGGCUCCGGAGUUUCUGCCUGGAAAAUGCGAAAGAAUCCGACUGGACUCAAAGCCCGUGGACAAGGAAGAACCGGUUUCCAGUCCGCCUUCUUUGGCACAAUCUUCGACAUCUCGAUCUAAUCUACACAGUGACUGGAAGCCGAUAAGAAUCUACCAAAUACCGUUGCAAACGUUAUCGAGAAGUACCUUGUCAACCUGCUCGCAACGACGAUGUCCUAGCCCUGCUGAACCAGAGAUCAUCUCGGCGCCGCCGACCAGCGACAAAAGUUUCCUAAGCGUUGAGCCCCACAGAGCACUGAGCAGGUCGUGUAGCAGUAGUCCGACGCCAACGCCGACGGACAUGAUGCCGCCGCGGUUCAGGAAAUAAGUUAGAUCGCGAUCGCAAAGCUUCAUUUAAAACGACCUUCUGACAGAUCGCAGGCUGUACCUGACGCUCGUGCCUCGGUAGAAUCGACGACGGAUAAUGCACACUAUUCAGUGCGUUUCAACUGUAGCUAGAAUUUACUGCCGUUGCAAAGAGCAAUCGAGAUGUAAUAAUUUUGCUAUGAUAGACACAACGUAACUGUACGUGCAAAAAGUGCCCUUGGCGUCUCUUAAGCAACAACAAUUGUUUCGUUUUGUACACGCGCCUGUCACUCCUUUUUCUUCUUACAUUUUAAUCAAUUUUUAUUUAAUUAAUUAAAAAUGGCUACUUUACGUUAACUGUUAAUGAGGAUUAAUUGUUUGCGUAAUUUGUGGACUGGUUUCGCACAGCUUAUCUCAAGUUGCGUUCGAAAAAUGAAUAACGAAAAACGAGUAUACUAGGUUGCGGAUGUUUAUGCAACUGUGAAAUGAUCAGUGAUAAAUGGGCAAAGUAUGCUGGCCUUCUUAUUGUUAGUUUUAAAGUUUUAAAGUUUAUCAUUUUAAAAUUGAAGAAAAAUGAAGUUUCAUCAUUUUCUUUCUUUAAGUAAUGUUAAUAUUCCUGUUUCAGUCAUUCUCAGUUUUCACAGUUCGUGAAAAUAUGAUUGCGAUUCAUUUUUUUCUUUUUUUUUUUUUUUUCAGUUCACAUUAUAAUUCAUGAAAAUAUAAAUUUCCGCCAUCUAAAUAUUAUCUACCCUUAUAAAAUUUACUUUGUCUUCAAAUUCCAAUAAAAAUUUGUAUUUAACAACUCUUUAUAAAAGUGCGCCGGUAAGAAUUUAGUGCUCGGUGAUAAUUUCAUUUUGUAAUAAAAUUUUCAAACAAGGUGUCUCGUUUUCCGUGCAUCGCGAAAAAGAAACGUGAAAAAUCAAAUUGAUCGAGCCAGAUUUAGCAAGUAAGGAGUAUUAUUUUAGUGAUUUGUCAACUUGUAAAGGCGACAGAUAAAAAGCAAGAAAUUUCAUUAAUUCUUCAAAGUUUUCAGGGGUCUACUUGAGCUGUACCACGUUUAUAAGUAUUUUUUUUAAGUGAUUCAUAGGUAAUUUACACGUCAGUGGUCUCGUUCGAUAGUUAUUCUGACGAAAUUAUUUAUCGGUAAAUAGGUAACAACACGACCACGUAUACGUACAAUGAUAAUAAAUAAAAAUGUAUGCUGUCAUUGGUAAGAUUUCUCGUUGCAAACUUGCUCACGCCGUUGAAUCGCUUAGCGAUUUUCCGUCUUUCAUUCGAACUUGUUCGGUUUCUAUAUGUAUGUAUCUAUUGCAAAUAAAAAGAAAAUAAUAUAAGC